UAGAUCUUGGGAAUCUACUUGAAGCCUUUACUACUCAUCCACCUACCACAUGGCAAAAUUAGGUGAUGAAAACUCUCUUGUGCCAAAAUACUUGCAAGAAGAUGAGUUAGGCAAAGAAUGCAAGGAGUUAAUACAAACCUUACCAUUAGAAAAAGGAUGGAUCAGUACCCACUUUCAUCAAUAUCAAGGAUUUUGGAUUGGCACGAGAAUUCUUCAAGGUGUUUUAUCUUGUCAAAAACACUUUCAAGCCCUUAAUACAGAUAUCCUCUUAGUUACCACUCCCAAAUCAGGUACCACUUGGCUCAAAGCAUUAACCUUUGCUUUAAUAAACCGCAAAAAAUAUCAAAAUAUUCAUAAUUUCAAUCAUCCUUUACUCACUUCAAACCCUCAUGUUCUUGUCCCCUUCUUGGAGGUUGACCUUUACUAUGAUAAAGAUUAUGUUCCUAACCUCAAUUCAUUAUCCCCUCCAAGACUCUUUGCAACACACAUUCCAUAUGAGUUGUUGCCAAAAUCUGUAAAAGAGUCAAGUUGUAAGGUGGUUUAUCUUUGUAGAGAUCCUAAAGAUACUUUUGCUUCACUAUGGCAUUUCUCAAACAAGGUAAGAUCACAAAGUAGUGGAACACUUCCAUUAGAAGAGUCUUUUCAUAACUUUACUAGAGGAGUGACUUUGUUUGGACCCUUUUGGGAGCAUGUAUUAGGUUAUUGGAAGGAAAGUUUGGAAAGAUCAAACAAGGUUAUGUUUUUGAGAUUUGAAGAAAUGAAAAUGAAGCCUGAUUUUCAUUUGAAAAAGCUUGCUGAAUUUUUGGAGUGUCCUUUCACUAAAGAUGAAGAAUCUAAAGGGGUGGUUGAUGAUAUAUUAAAUUUGUGUAGUUUUGAGAAGCUUAGCAACUUGGAGGUUAAUAAGACUGGGAAAGUGUCAUUUGGUGUUGAAAAUAAAGCUUUUUUUCGUCGUGGCCAAGUUGGAGAUGGAGAAAAGCUUCUAACAACUGAAAUGAUUGAGCAAUUAAACACUGUAAUUGAAGAGAAAUUGGUUAAACAUGGAUUUAAUUUUUAGAUUUGGAGAAAUUCAAUUCAAAUAUCAUCUUGUUACA